GCAUGUAGUUAGUAAUAAAGAUAAAAUUCUCGCUGUUGUGUCACACGUUCGACAUCACAGUUUAAAAAAGUGCGGAUUGAAAAAAGAAAUAAAUAGUGUCUAUGACCAAAAAAAACCAGUUUAUUUUAUCACUUAUUAUGAUAAUUUGCGAAUGGAUCUGAAAUAAACAUGGCGGCUUGCGAAUACAAGCAAGUUAACACCAAGGAGGUGAUCGGUGAUGAUGUCUCUCUUAAUUAUCAAGAAGACAGCUGUUCCUGGAAACCGUUUUUAAGACAGAUCCUUGUGGUGAGUGGAACAUGUACAGUGUACUUCAUAUGUGGUUUGUACAUGGGCGCGCCAACUGUAUACCUGCCACAGCUUCGCAAGGAGCCCAAUUCUACAGUAAUCACUGACGAGAUGGCUUCUUGGAUCUCAUCUGGAUGCAGUUACGGUGCACUGCCGUGGGUCUUCAUUCACUCAGCGGCCGUCUCAGUGUUCGGACGUAAAUACACGUCGGCCUCCACUUUCGUAUACAUCACUGUAAUAUCAAUCGCUUUCUACUUUUGUAAUACACCAAAACAUUUAUUAAUAUUUCAAAUAUCAUUAGGAGCACCAUAUUCAGCUGCUUUGACUGUGUCCAUUACAAUUUUAGCAGAAUACGCAUCUCCUAAAUAUAGAGGCAUAUUUUUGGGUUUAAAAGUUGCAACACUGUAUUGGGGUAUUUGGGUAUCUAACGCCAUUGGCACAUUCUUUCAUUGGAAGUACAUACCUGUAUUUGGUUUUGUGUGUUCGUUGUACAAUUUGACUGUUUUCCUAUGGCCCGAAUCACCUUUAUGGCUGGCCAGCAAAGGGAGGUUUGAGGAGUGCAAAAUAUCCCAUAGAUGGUUAAAAGGUACAGGUAAAAUAGCCGAGAUAGAGCUUGAGAAUUUGAUUAGCACUUACAGUAAAGCGGAGUCUUUGGGAGAAGAAACAAAUGGUAACAAAUUGGCGUUGAAAUUCUUUAAAACGUUAAUAAAGAAAUCAUUUUACCGUCCGCUCUUAGUUUCGUUCCUUUCAAUAGCAAUGUACAAUUUGUCUGGAAAGAUAAUUUGCAGCAUUUACGCCAUUGAAAUUAUAAAAAAAAUAUCGGACAGCGAAUCUACGGCGUACGUAGCAAUGUUAAUAUUGGACGGUGUAACAGUAUUCAGUAUGUAUUUUGGUUGUUUACUCAUUAAAUUGUUACGAAGGCGUACAUUGUUAUUUUGGUCUUCAUCUAUUUCUAUAAUAUUUCUUUUUGCAUUAUCAAUAUAUUUGUAUUUAGUGAACAUAUCAAUUUUUAACGAAAACAAAAUUGUAUCAAUUUUGCUGCUAGUAGGUUUUUCUAUAUCAGUUAGUUGUGGCCCAGUCAUAAUGUCUGUUUCUUUAUAUGGCGAAUUAGUGCCUAUGAAACACAAACGCGAAGCUACCGUGUUAAUAUCAUUAUUUUUUAUAUUCCUACAAUCGUCGCUAUUGAAAAAUGCACCGUUCAUUUUUAAAUAUUUCAAAAUGCACGGUAUGUUUUUGUUUUUCGGUGUAUCAAUGACUACAUGUUGGUUUCUAUUGUACAAAUAUCUACCAGAAACUAAAGAUAAGACGUUACAAGAAAUCGAAGACUAUUUCAAAGAUGUUAACAAGAAUAGUAAAUAAAUAUAUCUAAUGUUUGUUUAAA